UCCAACCAGCCUGCAGCAAUGCCGGGGCUGAUGUGGAGCCUGUGUGCCCUGCUGUGCCUCUCCCUCUGGGAGGAAAGUUACUGCAGGAGCUCCAGGGAAGCCCGGAGGACCAAAGGGCCUUCGAUCAUCAGGAGUAAAAGAGCCCCCAUCGACCCCGAUGCCAAAAAGUGUUCCUACACCUUCCUCGUACCCGAGCAGAAAAUCACAGGUCCAAUCUGUGCCAGCGCCACAGGCCCGGAGCCAGACAAGGAGAGAGUGACCCGUAUAGACAUUGCAGAUGUGCGGGAGGUGCUCAGCAAACAGCGGCGCGAGAUUGAGACGCUGCAGCUGGUGGUGGACGUGGACGGUAACUUGGUGAAUGAGAUGAAGCUGCUGCGGAAGGAGAGCAGGAACAUGAACUCCAGGGUGACCCAACUCUACAUGCAGCUGCUGCAUGAGAUCAUCAGGAAGAGAGACAACUCCCUGGAGCUGGCCCAGCUGGAGAACCGCGUCCUCAACGUGACCUCCGAGAUGAUGCGACUGGCUUCGAGGUACAAGGAGCUGGAGGGCAGGUUCUCCGUGAUGGCCGGGUUGGUCAACAACCAGUCCGUCCUCAUCUCCGCACUGGAGGAGCAGUGUCUGAGGGCGAUGGGACGCGGCGAGCUGCCCGUGGUUCCCCCGCUGGUGCAGGUGGCGCAGAAUCUACCGGUUAACAAUCGGUUCACCAACGAGAUACAGAGGGACAAUAACAACCGGGCUUUUCCCAGAGGAUCCCGCAUGGAACCCCCUACCGCGAGCCCGUUUGGGAUCAACCCUCCACCACCACAGGGAACACUGACCUCUGACGGUCCCUUCAAAGACUGCUACCAGGUGCGAGUGUCCGGACACACCACCAGUGGGAUGUACCUGCUCAAGACCAAUGGCAGCGAGCGGUUGAUCCAAGCCUGGUGCGAGCACGGCCUCGACAACGGAGGAUGGACCGUGUUGCAGAGGAGGAGAGACGGCUCGGUGAACUUCUUUCGGAACUGGGACAACUACAAGAAAGGCUUCGGGAACAUAGACGGUGAACACUGGCUCGGGCUGGACAACAUCUACAACCUGGGGAAGCAGGGCGACUACAAGCUGAUGGUGGAGCUGGAGGACUGGACGGGGAAGAAGGUGUACGCCGAGUACAGCAGUUUCCACCUGGAGGCGGAGAGCGAGGGCUAUCGGCUGAGGCUCGGCACCUACCAGGGGAACGCCGGGGACUCCCUCAGCAGCCACAACGGCAAACAGUUCACCACGCUCGACCGGGACAAGGACGCAUUCUCUGGUAACUGCGCCCACUUCCAUAAGGGCGGCUGGUGGUACAACGCGUGCGGCCAGACCAACCUGAACGGCGUGUGGUACAGCGGGGGAGUCUACCGCAGCAAAUUCCAGGACGGGAUCUUCUGGGCCGAGUACGGGGGAGGCUUCUACUCCCUCAAGUCUUCGCGCCUCAUGAUCCGACCGAUCGACUGA